AUGGCAUGUGUUUUACCAAACGAGCCAUCUCAUCAUGAUCAGCAAAAUCGCCAGCUAGACGCAAUUAUCACUGACAUCAGGGCCGGACCAGCUGCAUCGAAUCUUCCCAAUAUUCCACCAGCCGCCCGCCGCCGACGAUUGCAAAAUCGCCUCAACCAAAGAAAUAGCGCUAAAAAGAAAUUAAUGCAUCAUGAUGGCUCCCGCAAAUGGGUCGUGUACAUUGGAGGUGAGCUGCCAUCACAGGACGACAGAAAUAAAAAUCAACAAGCAAUCACGGCAAACGCAACAUCAAUCUAUGGAAUUCUGAACAAUGUUCAUUCUCAGUUUUGCCAGCUCAAUGCAAUGGAACGCAACGCCUUUCUGUCACAGCUUCAUCAUCGAGUCAUCUGGGGAUCUGUUAACCAGCUCCUUCGAAGCGAACUCCUGUUACCAGUAACUCAGUACAACAUCUUCACCGCAGCCGCAGCUAACGCUUCAUCUAUUGGGAUAUCAAUGGAGUCACUACGACAUGAUAUUCUCUCGCCAUUUGUCACAUGUCAGCCGCUAAAACAUGAUGUCCCGCCAACACUUGAGCCCACGCUGUUCCAAAGACAGGUACUGCAUCAUCCAUGGAUUGAUCUAUUCCCCAUGGCUGAUGUCCGGGACACUAUGCUCAGACAUAUUGCCCAGUAUGAUGAGGAUGAACUAUGCCAUGACAUGUUUGCCGGUGGUCUUUUCAUAUGGGGCGAACCGUGGGAUCCAUUUGCGUAUGAAGUUGCUGAGCAUGUGGUGAAGAAGUGGUUAUGGUUGUUCGGCGGAUGUGUCGAUAUGUUGCGAUCUACGAAUCGAUGGCGGAGAAGUAGAGGCGAGAAGAUACUUGCAUUUUCCUGA